GUACAACGCGCUACGGGCGACGUGACCGUGACGUAGAUGUACCCCUACCGCCUCAUCACCGACGCGACGUAAUCGUAUGUUGCGCGCAGGCCGGUCACCGCCGUCACUUCUCACCGACGUACGUAGCUCGUCGCACGUGGUUCGCACACCACAUCACGCGCGCACACACACACACACACACACGUCGACGUUACCGGUUUAUUUUUUCCGUUAUCGACCGCGACGUCUACCUAAACUCUCGAACACCCGUAUUUAAUGUCUGGCGCGACGAACAUGUCCGAGGAAAACAUGGACGGUCUGUCGGCUCAACAACUGUUCGGCACCGGCGAAGGGCUCACUUACAAUGACUUUAUAUUAUUGCCUGGAUUUAUUGAUUUUGUGGCAGGAGAUGUUGACUUGUCAUCACCAUUAACCAAAAAUAUAACUCUUCAAGCUCCAUUAGUAUCUUCACCAAUGGACACUGUCACAGAGUCAGAAAUGGCUAUAGCAAUGGCUCUUUGUGGUGGUAUUGGUAUCAUUCAUCAUAAUUGUUUACCUGCCUAUCAAGCAAGUGAAGUGCUUAAAGUGAAAAAGUACAAACAUGGAUUUAUUCGUGAUCCGGUUGUGAUAUCUCCAGAUUUAUUGGUAUCUGAUGUUAUUCGAUUAAAAGAAGAACAUGGAUUUUGUGGGUUCCCUGUUACUAUAAAUGGUAAAUUAGGUGGUAAAUUAGUUGGUAUUGUUACAUCCAGAGACAUUGAUUUCCUUGAAGGAUCUGAACAAUUACAACAAUCAGUUAAUUUGGUCAUGACUAGAAUAGAAAACAUUAUAUCAGCCAAGUCUGGAGUAACUUUAGAACAAGCCAAUAGCUUAUUAGAGCAUUCAAAAAAGGGAAAAUUACCUAUUUUGAAUGAAAAUGGUGAAUUGGUUGCAUUGAUAGCAAGAACAGAUUUGAAAAAAUCACGUGACUAUCCAAAUGCCUCAAAAGAUGAAAAUAAACAGCUUUUAGUGGGUGCUGCAAUUGGAACACGAGAAGAUGACAAAGUUAGAUUACAUUUACUUCAUCAGGCUGGCGCUGAUGUUAUAGUUUUGGAUUCAUCUCAAGGAAAUUCAAUAUAUCAAAUUGAUAUGAUAAAAUAUAUUAAAAAAAAUCUUCCUUCAUUGCAAGUCAUUGCAGGAAAUGUUGUUACCAUGUCCCAAGCCAAAUCACUCAUAGAUGCUGGGGCUGAUGGUUUAAGAGUUGGUAUGGGAUGUGGUUCUAUUUGUACAACACAAGAAGUUAUGGCAGUUGGUCGUGCUCAAGGAACUGCAGUUUACCGAGUCGCCCGAUAUGCUGCACAAUUUGGUGUACCAGUUAUUGGCGACGGUGGAAUUCAAUCUAUUGGGCACAUUAUCAAAUCUCUCUCACUUGGAGCAUCCACUGUUAUGAUGGGAUCCAUGUUAGCUGGUACAUCUGAAUCACCUGGAGAAUAUUUCUUUUCAGACGGUGUGAGGCUUAAGAAGUACCGUGGUAUGGGAAGUUUGGAAGCAAUGAAUCGAAAAGAUGCUAAAGGAUCAGCAUUAAACAGAUAUUUCCAUAGUGAGAAGGAUUCUUUAAAAGUUGCUCAAGGUGUCAGUGGAACAAUCGUUGAUAAAGGUUCAGCUCUUAGAUUUCUACCAUACAUUCAAUGUGGUUUAAGGCAUAGCUGUCAAGAUAUUGGAACCAAAUCGCUUAAAAAUCUCAGGGCUAUGAUGUUAUCAGGUGAACUAAGAUUCGAAAGACGUACACAUUCAGCACAACUUGAAGGAAAUGUACACAGUUUAUUUUCAUAUGAAAAACGAUUGUUUUAAUGUAUAAUUGUUAAUUAUCAAUUUAAUUUUA